CAAUUUUCUCCUCCUUGUUUUCUUCAAUAUCAAGCUCCCAACCUCACCUUGGUUUCACAGAUGCCCUUUUCUUUUCUUUUCUUUUUUUUGUUGGCCCAACACAGAUGCUUUACCUUAUUCACAUGAACUCCAUACCAAAUGUACGGUUUUGUUUCAAGGUCAGGGAUGCAUUUUUUUCUCCUUUCAAGGGUAUUGUAAUGUUGCAACUGUGGUUAGCUUCAUUUACACAAACGCAUCUCAUACUGGUUAGGAAAAGUUUGGUUUCUUGGAUUUGAAUGAUUUGAAUGCUUGGCAUUGGUGGCUGACAGUUUAUUUAUCACAAACAUUUCAAGCUAAUUGACAUUAAGCUUUCCCCAAUGAGAGUAUCAAACACUUUUGGAUGGUUCUCGGGUGGUCGUCUAUGGCUUCUAGCAUUUGCAGCUUGUUUAGUGUUGUUGGGAGCUUUAUCAAGAUCUUCUCACAAAGUGUUUUCUAUUGAGGGCAGCAAGUACCAACUGUCAAUAACCCCAUUAAAAGGGAGUGGCUACCCCCCUGUGUUUGCUUAUUGGAUAUGUGGUACUAAUGGAGAAAGUGAGAAAAUAUUGAGGCUGUUGAAGGCAAUAUAUCAUCCAAGAAACCAGUAUCUGCUGCAACUUGAUGCUGGUUCUUCAGAUUAUGAUAGAGGACAGCUAGCUCUCUAUGUUCAAUCUGAGAAGGUGUUUCAGGCCUUUGGAAAUGUUAAUGUUGUUGGAAAAAGUUAUGCCCUCAACCAGAUGGGGUCUUCUGCUCUUGCUGCCACACUUCAUGCUGCAGCAUUGCUUCUAAAGCUCAGUGCAGAUUGGGACUGGUUCAUCACUUUAAGUGCUUCUGACUAUCCACUCAUCCCUCAGGAUGAUCUGCUCCAUGCUUUCACUUUAUUGCCAAGGAAUACCAAUUUUAUACAUUUUACAAACAAGACUGGCUGGAAAGAGCAGAAAAAUAUGGAUCGAAUCGUUGUAGAUCCUAGUUUAUAUCUUCAGGAGAGCACUCCACUUAUGUAUGCUGUAGAGAACAGAUCCAUGCCAGAUGCUUUCAAAAUAUUUGGAGGUUCACCUUGGAUGAUUUUAACCAGAGAUUUCAUGGAGUAUUGUGUCAAAGGAUGGGACAACUUUCCUAGAAAGUUACUGAUGUACAUCAGCAAUGUGCCUUACCCUCUUGAGUCCUACUUCCACACAGUCAUCUGCAGCUCCACUGAGUUCCAAAACUCUGUAGUGAACAAUGAUCUGAGGUACAUUGUAUGGGACUCGAAUGCGCUCGGGGAAUCUCAAGUCCUAAGCAUGUCACACUAUGAUCAAAUGCUAGCAAGUGGAGCAGCUUUUGCAAGACCAUUUCAAGCAGAUGAUCCCGUACUAAACAAGAUCGAUGAGAAUGUUUUAAACCGAAGUUCCAAAGGGUUGGUUCCCGGAGAAUGGUGCCCUGACCUAGGAAUAAGUAAGAGCCUAGAGAAUUCAACAGCUCAGGAGGAGUUGUGUCCAGCUUGGGACAACAUUAACAGUGUCAAGCCGGGUCCUCGUGGCAUUAGUCUUAGAGAACUAUUGCCUAAGCUUGCUGUAGAAGGGAGAUUUACAACCAGUCACUGCCAAGAACACUGAUACAUACAUUAGUAACUUUUCUAGAACCAAAUGGUGAUGAAAUCUUUUAAAUUUGAUUUUUCUCUUUCCAAAAUAACACUUCCAACCACAUUUGACAAGAAUGCUUGGCUUUCUGCUCGCCCCAUCUUGAUUGAACUAAGCAUUGUAUGGUUGGUAAAAUGGGAAGAUUAGAUCUGCACUGUUUUUGAAUGCAUUUGAUGAGAGAUAUAUUCUGGUACUGGGUUUUUACCACAUUUUUAAUUGCCUUUGAGCCUGAAAUUGAAAGAGCUGUCAAUGUUGCAAGCUGAUGAUCAU